GCAGAUCUCAGGUAUUGGAGGUGGAAAUAUUAGCUUUCUAAUGCACACUGAACGUCAAAGGUGCGUCGAGCACUCGCGAGAUUUCUUUUUUGUAAAAAUGUUUGAUUGCAUGAUUUUGGACCUAACCGCACCUGGAAAUCAAAGUCACCUGGAAGAAGCGGAUGGAUAUCACCUCCGGCCGACGACUGUAUUCUGGGUUUAAUAUUUAAGAACAUGGAGACAGUUUCCAUGGUCCAGCCUCAUCCAGCAGUAUGAUCGGAGCAUCUAGUCUCUCAGGGGACACCCUGAUAGCGUGCCACUUCCCUGUGGUUCAGCUUCCCACAUGGCAACUUCCUGUCCAGGCCUUGUGCGCCUCGGCCAAGAGGUCCGGCCGUCUGUGCUCAGUAGGUCUGACCCGAGCUGUGUCACUCCCAGAGAAAGACUCGCUCAACCGAGAGCAUGCCUUCAGCGGCGGCCGGAGACAUUUUUCCAGCAGCUACAGUAGUCUCAAUGAAGACCGAGCGGAGGAGGAGGGGGCCAGCGACAGCAGCGGGAGAUACGACUCCACCUCUUCACCAGAGGAGAUGAGUUCCCAUCUGAAGAAGGAAGGCUCUGGGGCCAGAGGCAGUCUGAGGUCACAUAACUCAUUCCUUCCCAGUGCCGAGCUAGAUGAGUAUGAGGAAGAUGAAGAUAGCGAUGGAGAUAAUCUGCACAGAUAUCAUGAGGACUCAUCUUUUGUAUUGCACGGAAACUCCAAUUGGCCACUAAGUAAUGGUGCCAGAAAUUAUACAAUACCCCAUGGAGACAUGGACAGUGAAUGGGGCAAUGAAGGUACCAUGUUGGGCACCGCGCUUGACCAAGAAUGGCUCUCCAACCAGCCUAACCAGCUGGACUCACCGCAGACUGAAUGCCAGUGCUUUCAUGUGAGCAACUCUGGCAUCACGAUGAUGGCUUGUGGAGAGCAGGACUCAGACAGACUGAAGGAUAACAUGUCCUGCUGCAUCCACAGCCAGCACAAAUGUUCCCCAGAAUUGUUGUCCAACAGUCACACAGAGUGUGUCAGCGACUCUUCCUGUAACAGUUCUGAUGGCGUCUUGGUUAACUUCUGCGCUAUCUACAACAGGAGCAACAACCCUGCCACGCCUCAGGACCUCAGCAGUCCUGCAGUUCACCCCUCUCAGUCAUCUGAGGGAUCUGUGUUCCUCAACCUCCAGCCCGUUCCCCAGACUCCGACCAAGGACCUCCAACAAGAUGACACGACAGUUAACUCUCCCACAAAAGAGGAGCGUGACAUGACGCCCUCGUCUUCCUGCUGGUCUCCUCAGGGCCUUGACUCUAACUGCAACAUUUACUCCCUGGAGCCGCUACCCCCGGGUCUCUCUUCUCUGGAGGUAUCUGACCUGACUGCCUGUCUCCAAAGCCACGCCACACUGGCCAUGGGGACCAACCAGAAGUACUACAAGCUUGUGACUUGUGACCUCUCCUCCCAGUCACCCAGCCCAGCAUGGUCCAGUCACACCAGCUGCCCUGAAGGUCAGAGCAGAAGCAGUCCCUUCCCUCCCUCUGAGCUCCUCUUUAUCCAUCAGAAGAAAGAAGGGCAACAUAAAGAAGUCAAGAAGGAAAGAGAGGAUCAACAAAAGGAAAAGAGGUUGUCCUCAGCACAGUACAGCGCUGGAUUUGACUGCUCCCAGUUUCAGACCUAUGAUUACGAGGUUGCUACCACCUCCACUGACAAAACCCUCUGCAGGAAGAAACAGACAGACAGCGUCCAGAACCUCUCCCACACUCCCUGUUCACUGUGCCCCAGCCAGUGUAGCCCACAUACCAGUAAAUGCCAAGACACAAGUGCUGUCUCCGCACAGCCAUCUGUGAGUCUGGACCAGGAGCACUGUAAUACUGAUGCUACUGAGAAGGAUGCGUGUUCAUCAGAAAAUGUGGUGCGCUACAGUAAGGCCCAGAGGCCAACCUCUCUGCCCAUUCAGCCCUUCAUUCUGAUUCCUGCAGAUAAAUCCCAGUCCCAGGCCCAGCACCUGGGCUGUCUUCUGGAGCAGUACAUAAACCAAAAGAGCAGCAAGUCUGGUAGCUCCCAGCGAGGCCUCAAGGCCAAGGGCAAAAGCUUUUGUAAUCUUCAGCCAUCACCCAUGGGCAGCCGCUACCCCAUCUUCCUGGAAGCCCCUUCCAGCUCUGAUACCUGUUCCACCUGCACGCCGAGCCCAGAGUGCUUCAGCCGCAGGCACACAUGGAGUCAGUCCAGCAGAAGCCAAGGAUGUCCGAGUCCAUGUACAUCCAAAAUCAGCCUGGAUCCAUCUCACACCAGCCCAAAACCCAGACUGGUUCAGGUGCAAGAUAAAACAAGCCCAUACUCAGGCAAAACUCAGACUAACAGUUUUUUAAAUCUGGUUUCGGCCGCAAAUCAGCCGAACCUUGUUAAAAUUCCGACCUACCGUGACCUGAUCAACCUCACCCCUGCGCAGAACCAUGCCCACCUUGAGCCUGAAAGUCCACAUAAGUCCCAGAACCACACCUUCUACCAUUCAGUAUUCUCUCAUACACCACCCACUUUACCCCUAACCACUGAUGCACAUCACCCAAACCUCCAAGUCUCCUUAUCUCCUCCCACAUUCUCACAACCAGAAAAGAAGUCCCCACAGAACAGAGCUGCACCUGCAGCCGACUCCGGAUUUUUUCACGGUAGUUUUACAGCCGCCCUCUCCUCAGUAGCUCCUCUCUCCUCUUUGAGUUCUCUGUUCUCCUUGGCUGCUUCGGGGCUGCAUCCACAGCAAAACCAGGACUCUGCUGGACUCAGUGGGAACCAUAGUCAGAGUCAGCACAGUGAAUCUCUGAUCCUAAGUGACAGGCCGCCCACAGAGUUCUGCCUUUCGCCCGACACAUCUUAUGAGUCCCUAUCUAUCAGUCAUCUUCAACGGAGAGGUUUGCUGAGGUCUGUAAGCAGGGCGGUGGAUUUGAUCAUGGCUCAUUUUGGCAGCAGCAGAGAUCCUGAAGAAAAGAUGCGUCUGGGUAACAGCUCCUGGAGUCCCACUAUCUCCGGUCUGGUCCUGGAACAUUUAUGUCCAACGAUCCAGAAUAUUUUAGAGGACGGGCUUAGGGAUCACAAACUAGAUCUCAUCAUUGGACAGCGCCGCAACCACUGCUGGACUGUGGUGGAAGUCUCAACUAGAAUCGGUCCAUCCACCAGGGUUCUCCACAGCCUGGUCUCAAAAAUCAAACAAUGUCCUCAGCUCACUAGCCACUGCAUGAGGGUGAGAGCCUUCAUAAUGGGCCUGCUUAAUUUGAGAGCCUUGGAAUUCUGGCUCAGUCAUCUUCAGAGUCAAAAAGAUGUGGUCACAGCAUACUACCAUUCUUGGGGGUUCCUGUCAAUGUCACUGGGUCGGUGUCAGCCCUUGUUUCAGGAGCUGCUGCUUCUGCUGCAGCCGCUCUCUGUGUUGCCCUUUGACCUCAACUUGCUCCUAGAGCCCCGACUGUUACUUAAUGGACAUUUGUGUACUGAGGAGCAGGGGGUCUCUCCACCUCCGCCAUGCUCAGGCCAGCUAGUGACCAGCUGGCCACUACUGCAAGCCGACAGAAAGGUGGGCAGCAGCCACAGCAGUCAGCAAACUAACAUUUCACACCAGACAGGUCUGCAUUAUCAAGAGUCACUCAGUCCUCUGAAUUCAAGUUACACCAAGCAGCAAUGUGGAGGGAUGCAGGCUAACAGAAGUCCACGGUUAGAUCCUAUUCCAGAGUGGUGGCCCAAACAGCCCGACCUUAUGGAUGGCGUGGUUGAAGGGGAGGACUGUAGCCAGAACUGUGCAGAUACUUGGUCUCAAAUAAGCAUGGACAGCAGGCGAGAAGAGAGAAGGAGUGAAGGAACCCCAAAUGUGUCACCUUCUGUCCAGGCAGAGAGCCCUUAUCAGGGCGGGCUGCGGUGGGCCAAACUGUUUGGAGCAGCUGGUACUUCCAUCAGACCAGAGGCAGUUUCUCAGAGUCACAACGGAGCACAAACCAAAAAGCGACCAUCACAGUGGCUUCAUUUGGACAGAUCGCAGCUUGGACUGUUGGCUCAAUCCAUAAGGUCAAUGAAACUAGUAGGAGCUCAGACUGACAAAAACAAGGACUGCUGAAAUCUGCACUCUCUAUGGAACAGAGUAGAGCCUAUUUACUGUAAUAACAAAAAAAUUUAACUGCAUGAUAAUAUACAGUACUUACAUUGCCAAACUGAUCAGAAAGCACAUAAAAUGUAAGAUUAGGAGCAGUUUUGGCAGUGGCCCAGAUUUAUCAAGCUUUGUGUUGCACCAGCUAUUCAUAAAUCCAUAACUAAGUUGGAGUAUCUUAUUAACUCUCAGCUAGUUUCAAACUAUCACUAAUUGGGUUACACCAUUAACUUAAGAACGCUUAACCAUAGUGAAAACUUCAAUGAUGUGUAAGGAAACUUAUGUAGCAUCGUCAAAAGCAUUCAACUAACAGAAGGUCACAGCAGCAUCACAAGCUGUAGCAUAACUGCCAAGAAUAUAUUUGUAAUGUAUAAAUUAAACUUAAAUGCUCAUCCUCUGUAAAUUUUAGCAUUACUGUGUUUUUGUUGUUGUUUUUCCUCAUAUAUGGAAACAUAUGUCAGUUAAUAGAACAUUCAUGUAGUUAAGAAUGAAUGGAAAACAUCUGAUUGUGCUAAUCUAACAGAGGCUAUUUAGUUAGUCAUUUAGUUCAACGUUAGCGCAGCCUUUUGUACUUUAAGACACCAAGCAUUAACUAUGUUCUUUUACUUCUGUGAGAUGUUAUUUAAAAUAUCCCCAGUUUAUGUCAUUAUUGCACAGCAUUUUGAUCAAGUGUCAGGUCAUAUAUGUCUGUUUUAGUUUUCCAUUUUAACAGGUUAUAUGUGAACUAGAAAGCUUUUAUUUUAGUUUUGUCAGUUGGUUCGGUUAGCUAUGCAACAGUUAGACCUGGCAGUUAGUGGGCGGUAAUAUUUAGUGACAACAAAUUUCUGUGUAAGAAUUAGUUUGUGUGGUGCAACCCAUUUUAAUUUAGUGAUGUGUAAAUAUUAAGUACUAUCACUUAGCCUAUGUUAUAACUGGGAUUACUUUGAACUUUUGACCUGCCGGUGCAACCGGCUCCUGGUCUUAAAAUGGCUCUCAGUUGUUGUUUUACUCUGUACUUUUGUAAUUCAUUCUCAUAAUGUGAAGUGAAGCUUCAUGAAAACGAUCAGAAGAAGCUGAAUUAUUUUCACAGCAGCUUCUGAGUUUUUUUUCCAGGAAAUAGCUUGAUGAAUGAGGGCCAGUGCCCCUUUUUGCAUUUGCACUCUGGAAUAACCGUAAGUAGGCACUUCUGUUACCACCUUUGUAUUUCUUGUUGGUGAAUAUCAAUCAUAAAAUGUAAAUAUUUACCUGCUGUAGACUGUUGGACAUUCAUGUGGUGCAAAAUUAUCCAUCUCUUAUGUCACUGUCAGUUUCUUUAAAUAGCUAUAUCCUUUAUCUCAUCAAUAGGUGAAAAAAAAAUCAAGCAAUACACUGUUACUAGUGCCAAAUAUGCCACACACCAGCCUCUCGUUGUGCAUUGUCAGUGAUGUUUCUAUUUUCCAGUAACUUGCUUUUCUGAGCAAAUUCCUAGCAUGGAUUUACUAUAGGUGCAUGAGUUAACAAACAAUCAGUACUAUAGGUGCUCCAGUCUUUAUUAGAUCUCUUAAAUUCCUGUUCAUGUUUUUAUAGCUGUAGAGGAAGCUUCUGGAAAUUUUCUGGCACUGGAAUUUGAAAUGUGUGGAAUUGUUUGGUAUAUUCAGUAGUAUGUCUUCCAGUGAGGUUUGUUCAGUUGCACAAAUAAAAGCCACCUUGUGGCUGUUUCAGGUACUUACAUGUGUGUAAGGUAUAUUUUGAUAGACUGGUAGUUAGAUAAGGAGGAAAGCGUAGAAAAUGUGUUCUCUGCAUUUGUUGAAUGGAGAAUUUUUUUAUGUACUGCAAUAAUGUGAAGUCUGUGAAUUUAUGUCACCCAGCAUUAUUUUCUCCUCAUCCUCGGAAUGCUUCCUCUAAU